AUGGAUGCUUUUCUCCUUUACUCACUUGCCUUCACACUCCUUUACGUGUCCCUUUCCACCAUUUACUUCAUCACAAAGGCCAACACCUCAAAACCAAACGUCCCGCCGGGGUCCACCGGCUGGCCGGUGGUCGGAGAAAACAUCGACAUGGUGGUGUCGGGGCCGGAGAAAUACAUAUCCGACAGGAUGAAGAAGUACUCGUCCGAGGUUUUCAAGACGUCGAUACUCGGGGAGAAAAUGGCGGUGUUUUGCGGCGCCGGCGGGAACAAGUUCUUGUUCUCCAACGAGAACACCCUCCUGACCACGUGGUGGCCCCAGUCGGUGACGAAGCCGCUGCUCUGCCCCACCAAAGCCCAAAACACCAUCCUGAAGAUCUCGCUUCUCAACCGGGGCUUCACCCACGAGAUUCUCAAGCCGGAGAAUCUCAAACGCUACGUCCCCACCAUGGAUUCCAUGGCCAAGGAACAUAUCGCCCAAGAGUGGGCCCCAUCCGGAGAAGUCAAGGUUUACCCUCUCUCCAAAUCCUACACCUUCGCGCUAGCUUGCAAGUUGUUAUUGAGCAUUGAGGGCCACAAGGAAGUUAAAAAACUGUCGGACCCUUUCAUCCUCAUCACCUCCGGCAUGUUAAGCUUGCCGAUCAACUUCCCCGGCACGGCGUACAACCGCGCGAUGAAAGGCGGACGCAUGGUGCGACGUCAGCUGAUGGAGGUGAUUAAGGAGAGGAAGGCGGAGAGUAGUUUAGGUAAGGUGGAGGACGAGGGGCGAGACUUGCUAGCUCGCCUCCUUAGCGCCACCGAUGAGGAGGGACAACAUAUGAACGAGGAAGAGAUUUGCAACAGUAUUAUCGGACUCCUCGUUGCCAGCUAUGAUACUAGCAGUGCCGCACAAACCUUUGUAUUGAAGUGUCUUGCAGAAUAUCCCCAUAUUUAUGAUCAAGUCUACAAAGAACAAAUGGAGAUUGCCAAGUCCAAGGGUCCAAAUGAGAGAUUGAGUUGGGAAGACAUUCAGAAGAUGAAAUAUUCAUGGAAUGUAGCAUGUGAAACACUAAGGAUAUACCCACCAGGCCAAGGUGCCUUUAGAGAGGCUCUCACUGAUUUUACCUAUGCUGGAUAUACUAUUCCAAAAGGAUGGAAGACGUUUUGGAGUGUGUAUUCAACACACAAGAAUCCCAAAUAUUUUCCAGAAUCAGAGAAAUUUGAUCCGUCGAGAUUUGAGGGAAGUGGACCAGCACCCUACACCUAUGUGCCGUUCGGUGGCGGGCCAAGAAUGUGUCCUGGAAAAGAGUACGCCCGAUUGACUGUACUAGUGCUCAUGCACAACGUUGUCACCAACUUCAAAAUGGAGAAACUGAUACCAGAUGAGAAGAUAGUUUACACUAUAUCCCCAGUUCCGCUCAAUUCCCUUCCUGUUAGACUUAUACCCCAUCACAAAUGA